AUCCCAAUUAGCCAUUGAAUCGCGGCCCUUUGCCUUGGAUAAGCGCUCGUCCUAACCAUGACGGCGUCGCAGGAGCAGCAGGAGGGCGAGGCCUUCACCAAGGUGUCGAUUUUGGGACAGGAGACUAUCAUCGUAGGAAUGAACAUGACCAACUACCUUGUCAACGACGUAAUAGCAACUGUCCCUGCUAGUAGCUACAUUGUCGUUACAGACCGCAACAUUGCCCGCUUCCACCUCAAUCCACUAGUUGAGACCCUCAACGCUGCCCUAGAUGCUAAGCACAAAGGUGAAGGUACAAGACCGCGAGUAUUAUCGUACGUUAUGCCACCGGGCGAGUCUGCGAAAACUCGCGAAAUUAAGGCACAAAUCGAGGACUGGGUGCUGUUCAACAAGUGUACCCGCGACUCGUGCUUCUUGGCUUUGGGUGGCGGAGUUAUAGGGGAUCUUAUCGGAUAUGUUGCCGCAACGUUUAUGCGUGGAGUUCCAGUCAUUCAAAUUCCGACAACGCUGUUGGCAAUGGUGGAUUCGUCAAUAGGAGGCAAAACAGCAGUGGACACACCGCAUGGAAAGAACCUGAUUGGUGCAUUCCAUCAACCCAAACGGAUUUUCAUCGAUCUACACUACCUUACAACGCUACCUAAACGUGAAUUUGUAAAUGGACUUGGCGAGGUCAUUAAAACUGCUGCAAUCUGGGUUGAAGAAGACUUUGAUUUACUGGAAAACUACCCGGAAAAGAUAUUAGCACUAAGUAACGGUGUAGCUGGCGACCCCAACUCGGAGGAAGUCCAACUGCUCAAGCGAGUUAUUCUUGGAUCUGCACGAGUAAAAGCCCACGUGGUCACAGAAGAUGAGAAAGAGGGCGGACUACGUGGACUGCUCAAUUUUGGUCACUCCAUUGGUCAUGCAAUUGAAGCCAUUCUUUCCCCAGAAAUGCUUCAUGGCGAAUGUGUAUCAAUCGGGAUGGUGCGCGAAGCCGAGAUUGCGCGUCAUCUGGGAUACUUGAAUGAGGUUGCCGUGGGGCGCUUAACGAGAUGCCUUCAAUCUUACGGGUUACCUGUAUCUCUUGACGAUAGGAUUGUACUGCAGCGUGCACCGCAUAAGCACUGUCCCGUGGAUCAGCUUUUAGAUAUCAUGCGGGUGGAUAAGAAGAACCAGGGUGACAAGAAGAGGAUUGUCAUGCUUGCCGGCAUUGGUAGAACCUAUGAACCACGAGCCAGUGUCGUACCAGACGAUGUCAUAAGAAAGAUACUGUCUCCAGCCGUCCAGAUCGCGCCGCCAACCUCCCCCACGACAGUCAAUCUAAAGGUACCAGGAUCAAAGUCCAUCUCGAACCGCGCAUUGAUUCUUGCUGCAUUGGGAGAAGGUACAUGCCGGAUACACGGACUGCUUCACUCUGACGACGUCCAAGUUAUGCUUGACGCUCUUCAGAAGCUCGUCGGAAUAACCUUCUCCUGGGAAAAUAAUGGAGAAACUUUGGUGAUCAAUGGAGGCGGUGGACGCUUGAAGGUACCCUCAAAGGAAAUAUACUUGGGCAACGCUGGGACUGCAUCACGGUUUUUGACAACAGUUUGCGCGCUGAUUCCUAAACCUGGAGCGGAGCGGAAGGGUGCGAUCUUAACAGGCAAUCCUCGGAUGAAACAGCGACCCAUAAAACCUCUGGUUGACGCUCUUCGAGAAAAUGGCGUGGACGUUAAAUAUCUUGAAAACACAGGAUCACUUCCCCUAGAAAUCACGCCGAAAGGCACUGGACUUCCCGGAGGAACUAUCAAGCUAUCGGCGUCGAUUAGCUCGCAAUAUGUCUCCUCCAUCCUCAUUUCUGCACCAUACGCCGCACAACCCGUAACGCUCGAUCUCAGCGGAGAUCACGUUAUAUCACAACCGUACAUUGAUAUGACAAUUGCUAUGAUGGCCUCCUUUGGCAUUAAAGUCACCCGUAUCCCCGGUACCAACACCUAUCAGAUACCACAGGGCGUUUAUCGAAACCCUCAAAACUACAAUGUGGAAGCAGAUGCAUCUUCUGCCACCUACCCACUCGCUUUCGCUGCUAUCACUGGCUCUACCGUAACUGUCACCAACAUUGGAAGUGAUUCUCUUCAAGGGGACGCGCACUUUGCAGUGAAAGUGAUUGAAGCAAUGGGUGGAACUGUGAAACAGACCGAGACGACCACAACGGUGCAAGGGCCAGCUCAACUUCGACCUAUUCCUCAAAUUGACAUGGAAUCGAUGACGGACGCCUUUUUGACCGCUUCCGUACUUGCCGCUGUGGCCGUUGACAAGAAUGGUAGUGGCACAACUCAGAUUACCGGAAUUGCAAACCAAAGGGUCAAAGAGUGCAAUCGCAUUGCUGUCAUGGUCGAACAAUUGGCCAAAUUUGGUGUUUCUGCAUCUGAGCUACCGGAUGGCAUCGAGAUUCGCGGGGUUGACCGUUGCCAGUUACAUGCUCCUGAGGGUGGGGUCAAGUGUUACGAUGAUCAUCGUGUUGCGAUGAGCUUCAGCAUUCUUGCCUGCGCUAUGCCAGCAGAACAGUGUGCCAUCAUCAAAGAGAAAAAGUGUGUGGAGAAGACAUGGCCUGGAUGGUGGGACACUCUUCAAAACUCGCUGCAAGUGAACAUUAUUGGCGUUGACUUGGAGGAUAAAGUAGAAGAGAAAGGGCAUGAAACUCCGGUGCCGGAUGCUGGCGCACACGUGAGUUCCCAUGGCGCGCAGACGUCAUGCGACGACGCAACCAUCGUUCUCAUUGGUAUGCGUGGAGCCGGCAAAACACAUGCUGGCAAGGCAGCCGCUAAGGCAUUCGGACGAAGGUUCAUCGAUAUGGACACAUACUUGGAAGAGUCACUUCAAACGACCAUUCCUAAGUUCAUUGCAGAGAAAGGAUGGGAAGAGUUCCGGAGACAGGAGACUCUAUAUUUGGACGAAGCUCUGACAAAGGUACCACGUGGUGCCGUGAUUGCAUGUGGUGGCGGCAUAGUGGAAACGGAAGCUGCCAGAGCAACCCUUAGAAAGUGGUCCGGGGCGGAUGGUUCAACGCGGAAGGGAUAUGUUGUGCAUAUCAAACGUGAUAUUUCCGAAGUAUCUGCUUACCUUGAUCAGGACAAGACUCGUCCAAUGUACGGGGAGGAUAUGUUGAAGGUCUGGAACCGAAGGAAGGACUGGUACAAGGAGUGCUCUGCACAUGAGUUCACCAUUGUCCAUCCGUCUCCUGAUCCUAACUGGUCAGAUGUUGAAGGUGACUUGGUGAGGUUCCUUACAUUUAUUACAACCGUGAACGGACCACAUAACAGCCGGCUACCCGGUGCUGUACCACCCCCACACACGUCAAGCUUCUUCUUGUCCCUCACCUACCCUGACGUUAGUGAAGCUCUGCCCGUCCUUGAUAGAAUCUCGGAAGGUGCUGACGCGCUGGAACUACGUGUGGACCUCUUGGCUUCGCAAGAUGAAGAGUAUGUCGGAAAGCAGGUGUCUCUUUUGAGAAGACACUCGGAGCUACCUAUUGUGUUCACUGUCCGAACAGCUGGUCAAGCUGGCAAAUUCCCCGAUGACGACCAUGAUAGGCGCCUCUGUCUGCUUGAAGCCGGUGUACGAUGGGGUUGCGAGUAUGUGGAUUUGGAGGUCGAUGGUCCGCUGGAGCGUGUUGAACGGCUGGUACAGAAUAAGGGAAACAGUUGGAUCGUUGCAUCGUACCAUGAUACUACCGGAACAGGCUUGUGGGAGGAGGAGGGCCAUGGUUCAAGUCUGCUCGGUAAUCAGAAGGGCCAGCAAGCUGUCGCUGUUCGGUUUCGUGACCAGUAUGCAAAGCUCCACCCAUACGCAGAUGUAAUUAAGCUCAUCGGACGUGCAAAUCGACUGGAAGAUAACUUUGCUCUCUACAAAUUUGUCAACUCUGUUGUUCCAAGUCUCGGAUUAUCACCAAAGCCGUUAAUUGCAAUGAACAUGGGCGGUAUCGGGCAGGUAUCACGGGCGUUGAACACGUUUUUGACUCCUGUUACGCACCCUCUCCUUCCGAAUGCAGCUGCACCCGGGCAGCUUUCUAUUUCGCAAAUCUACCAGUUACGUAGCCUGUUGGGACUGGUGCCUGCCAAAAAGUUUUACUUGUUUGGGGCUCCGAUCUCGCAAUCUGUAUCGCCGGCGUUGCAUAACGCGGGAUUUAACGCUCUGGGGCUACCUUACGUCUACGAGUUAUCCGAGAGCCCUGAUUGGCAGCAUGUACGAGAUGUUGUGAAGCAGGGUGUUGCAAACGGAAGCUUUGGGGGCGCAAGUGUGACGAUUCCUUUGAAGGAGGAUGUCAUCACGCAUGGGAUUGUGGAAGAGAUGACGGACGGAGCCAAGGCCAUUGGUGCCGUCAACACGCUCUGGGUUGGCGCCAACAAGAAAAUCAUUGGCGAUAAUACCGAUUGGUUGGGCAUCAAGGCAUCUAUCAGAAAGCGAUUGGCACUCGUUAAUGCUGCUAGUGCGACACGAACGAUUGGUGUCGUAAUUGGCGCCGGUGGAACUGCCCGGGCGGCCAUCUACGCACUAAAGAGUUUGAAUGUAGAUGAAGUGAGGGUGUGGAAUCGGACCACGGCGAAGGCGGCAGCCCUUGUUGAAGAGUUUGGUGGUGCGGUUGUCACAUCCUUGAACCAGCUUUUCACGGUUGCAGAUGCAUCCACACUCUUCAUUAUUGUUGGUACGGUGCCUUCAUCCGCCCAGUCAGAGAUGGACCUUUCCGCAGCGCUGGCAUCAUCACCAAAGGGGAUACUUGUGGAAAUGGCGUACCGCCCACGGCGCACACCCUUGAUUCAGAAUGUGGAAAAACUUGGAUGGCCCGUUGUGGAGGGUGUGGAGAUUUUGAGGGAGCAAGGGUAUGAGCAGUUUAUUAGAUGGACUGGACGGAGAGCUCCUUGGAGAGUGAUGGAGGAGGCGGUUGAAAAGGCAUAUGUAUGAAUCUGACGCUGCGGGAUAAAAGUACAUUGGGCAUAUUGUGUAUUUAGUUUGAGAGUUCAAAAGUACAAUAGGAUCAACUUUUCUUUACAUAUAAUUACUUGCUUGUUGAGA